UGAGCAUUGCCACAUGUGCUGCUACGUGGGAACUGCACGACAUUCUCAGGACUGAUACUCUACACAUGGCAAUCACAGAUAGCCCUUGUGCAAGAUUACCUCCACGCCAAGCCAUCACUGUGCCAAUAACAGCAGUAAAAGAUGAGCUGGCACAGCUUGUUCUGGACUUGCGUAGUGGAGGUGCCCUGUCCUGGAAUUCUGCAGUGGUGUUGUUCCACCAACAGCGUCAGCCAGUUAAGGAAUUACAGGCCAAUAUAGUUGAGGCAAUGACACGUAAUGAUGGUGGUUUGCCAAUUGUGCUCUCAUUCUUUGAACUGGCCGCAGAUCAAACAAGAAUGAUUGAAAAAGUACUGCAGCUGUUUCGUUCGAUAGCCCAUGAUAAACUCAGCAGCCAUAUAUUGGCAGUUGUUCCUGAAAACCUUGCAUCAGUCAUACUUCAUCAGGCUAAAGAGCAAAGAUUAAUGACACCAUAUUACCAGUGGCUGCUCAUUGUGCCAGAUGUUAUGAAUCCCUAUGGUUUUAUUGACCUGUUGAAGGAUGGUAGCAAUGUUGCCUUUAUCUGUAACACUUCAAUCGAGAAGAAAGAUUGUUUGGAAGGCAUUUAUUGUCACAUAUCAGAAGUGGCUCACAGUUUUAUAGCUGCCCUGUCCCACACUAUACAGCAGGAGAAGAACAUUUCACAACAAGUGUCUGAAGAUGAAUGGGAUAUUCUACAGCCAUCAAAAAGGGAACACCAUGAUGCCAUUCUUGCAGCUCUUAUUGAACAGCUAGAUGUUAAAGGAAAAUGUGAUGCAUGUAGAAGAUGGACAAUCUUUGCAGCAGAAACUUGGGGAGUAGGUGCUGUUAGCUCACUUCCAGGAAUAGGUAUAUGGACUACUCGUCUGGGGACACAAUUAACAAACAAUUUGUUUCCACACAGUGCUUACAAAUUUUGUGGUCGUAACUUGCAAGUGCUCUCAUUUCAUAGUCCACCAUGGCAAAUUAUCCAUUACAAUGCCACACGAAGGGAGUUCCAAUAUGAGGGUGUCUUCUUCAAAGUUCUAAGUGUGCUGUCUGAGCGACUGAACUUCAGCUAUACAGUGAUGCAGCCAACAGACCACAAAGGAAAUAUUGCCAAUGAUACUGAUCUUGUUGGCUCUGAUGUGAUGGCUACACAGCAACAGAGUGAGAACGAGAAAUUAGAAGACUUAAAAAAAGAUAUAGUGCCAUGGGACCAUUUCAUAGAAACUGUAGCACAGAAGAGAGUUUUUAUUGGAGCAGCAGCAUUCAUCAUAAAUGAUGCUCGUAAACUGAAAGUGAAUUUUACUUUUCCUCUGGGUACUGUCACAUACACUUUCUUAUCUGCACGACCACGAGAGCUGAGUAGAGCUGGGCUCUUCAUACGUCCAUUUGGAAAUGAUACAUGGCUAUGUGUUGUGGCAUCAGUACUGAUGAUGGCAAUGUUAUUGUACUGGAUGAAUCGUCUAAGUGUGGUUCCCCAACUGAAAAAGGUCAAUGGUCUUGCAAAAAUGGUUAACUGCUUUUGGUACAUGUAUGGUGCCCUGUUACAGCAAGGUGGAGCAAACAUGCCAAAAGCAGACAGCAGUCGGUUAUUAGUAGGAACAUGGUGGCUUGUUGUCCUUGUCCUAGUUACAUCAUACAGUGGAAACUUGGUGGCUUUCCUUACAUUUCCAAUACUAGAAGCACCUUUGACAUCUGUUCGCCUUAUGCCAGGAAGGAUACUUUCUUGGGGUCUGAUAACUGGUUCUUCAUUGGAACAGUUACUAAAAACAUCGGAUGACCCGGAAUUGCACAAGCUGCACGAGGAUGCUGUGCAGCAUAAAGAACUGAAUGAAACUCUGUUGUCAAUGCUGGCAUCAGGUGAUCACAUCCUCCUCCACAGCCGUCUUACACUGCAGCGACUGACACGAAUUGACCUGCGCAAGUCUUCAGUGUGCCGCUUCAUGAUAGGUGAUGAAAAUUUUGUUGAAGAAGAAGUUGCUAUGAUUCUACCAAAGGACAGUCCAUACUUAGAGAUGAUAAAUGAAGAGAUAAGGCGGAUAAAGCAAUCAGGUCUUAUUGAAAAGUGGGAGGCUGACAGCAGACUCUCUGGGGAUCGCUGUACACAAAUAGCAUCUGCGUCUGAUGUUUCCAACCACAAAGUCAACAUGGCUGACAUGCAAGGAUGCUUCUUUGUACUUUUACUUGGAACUGCAGCAGCAUCCAUAACAAUAACUAUGGAACACAUAUUCCACUUGUAUACAAAAUCAAGAGAAAGAAGACUGGUCAAACCAUUUAUCAUCUGAUUGUGAUUGAAUAUCACUAACAUUACACACAGAAAGUAAAGUACUUAACAUCACACAGAGAAAAUAAGUUACUUCUGUAAAUUGUAUAUGUUCCACAUUCAUAGUGAUGAAAAUCAUGAUUUCCUGUCAGAAAGGUCACAGUUAAUAGUACCUGACAGAAAGUCAUAGAAAGAAACAAGUGAUAUCUGGGUAUUUCCCAAGUAAGAGUUAUAUGCCCUCCUGCAGUUUCUGAUCUGAUGUAUGAGGGCUAUUCAGAAAGUAGGGAACGUUUUGGCAUUAAAAUAAAAAAAAAAAGG